GGGGUGCAGAUUCCCAGGGGCUGGAGCUGCGGGUUUGUUCCUCUCCAGAGUGGGGGAAACCCCUGACCCAGCACAGGAGCCAUGGCCCUGGGAGUCGCCCUGGGGCUGUGCUGGGGGGUGCUGGGGGCAGCAGUGGCUGAUGACUUCCACAGCUGGGACGUGCUGGUCACAGGGACCUCCAGGGAGGAUGGAUCCUACUGGUUCUUCAUGAUAGGGAAGCUGGAUGACUUUAAAAUGAUGGAUUACAGCAUGGACACGCGGGUGGUGAAGCCCAGUGGGGAGUGGAUGGCGGAGGCUGUGGGUGAGAAGUAUUUCCAGGAUAAGACCCAGGACUUUCUGCACUAUGAAAAGAGCACUAAAGUGGUUACAGACAGAUGGACACAGCUGUACAACCAGACAAGCGGUGACGCUAGGCCUCACAUGAUACAGGUCUACGUGAGCUGCAGUCUGGACGGGGACACCCCCUUGGGGGAAAAGUUCCAAUACGCCUACGAUGGGGACGACUUCAUCAGCUUCGAUGCCCAGAUGGGGAUGUGGGUGGCAGCCGUGCAGCCGGCAUUUAUCCAGAAGCAGCUGUGGGACACUCAUCAGGACUGGAGCCGCUUUGUCCAGUGGUACCUGCAGACCGAGUGUCUGGAGACCGUCCGGAGCCUGGUGCGAGUGGGGAUGGGGACCCUGGAGCGGCAGGCACCCCCCGAGGUCUCAGUUUCCCGCAGAGACACCCCCGAUGGCUCCGUCACCCUCUCCUGCCACGCCAGGGGCUUUUACCCGCGUCCCAUCCACAUCUCCUGGGUGCAGGACGGAGAAGACAUCCUGGCGGAGACGGACUCCAGCGGGAUCCUGCCCAACGCUGAUGACACCUACUACACGCAGUCGUCCCUGGAGAUCUCCCCGCAGCAAGACGGGCUCCGCUACGCCUGCCGGGUGGAGCACAGCAGCCUGGGGGAGCCCACACUGGUCUGGGCCCCUGGGAAGAAGGGCCCCCUGCCCCCUGGGGUCCUGGCUGCCAUUGUCCUGACCAUGCUGGUUCUGGCUGGAGCCGUAGGGGCCGGUGUCAUCCUGUGGAGGAGAAAAUCAGCAGGCCCCGUGAAACCCAGCUACGCUCUGGCUGCCACAAAGAGCGGGGAAGAUUCUGCCUCCAGCUCAUUAUCGGGAACAGACUCCCGGAAUGUGGGACCCCAGUGCUAGGGGCAGUGACCCUGCCCAGCUGCUGGCCCCACUGGCUGGGUGAUCUCUGCCCUCUGACUCCCCCCUGCCCCGGGGGAGAUUCCCACUUGGUCGUUAGAGCAGUUUCCUCCUGGGGGUGUUGGGCCUCAGGCUCUGCUAUUGCAGGGUUUGCGUCUCUGCUUCUGCAGCUGGGAUUUAGCCUCAACUUCUCCCGAAAGGGCCAACUUACUCCAGUCUCCCUGUUAGGAUAUAGAUAUUCAGGCCUGUCUGCAAAGGUCUAUACUUUAAGAAUUUAGGUGUAUUCUUAUCACUUAGCUAGUUGCAGAGGUAUAAAAGAAAGAAUUAGAAUCACUGUCUGCCUGUUUAGGGCCUUUUCUCAGUGUGACAAUGUAACGGCCUGUUCUUAGGCUAAGGCCUUUGGGCUAAGCAGCAGAGCCAGCCAUGAGCUGGGAAGUGUCUGGUCGCAUCCUCACAUUCCAAACUAGUCACAUUGAAAUAAGGCGCCAUUGGCUAUUAGGAA